AUGGCACCCAAGCAGAAGCAGCAGGCGACCCUCGGGAAGUUCUUCGGCCAGCCGAACGGUACAGCCCCGAAAGCCCCGCAGCAGCAGACAAAGUUAUCGUUUGCGACGAAGUCGGGCACGAAGUCCGCAACUCCGACGACAGAUAAUGCCCCAGAAGACGUCGAGGAUUCAAAGGUGAAGAGAUCAAGUCAGGGCAGCUCGGCCGAUGCCAGUGGAAAGGAAAAUGCGACCCCAUCUCCAGACUCAAAGAAAAGAUCGCGCCCAGUAAGUGAUGGAAAAUCAGCCGCCAAGACAAUUACGGGAAAGGCAAUAAAAACUGAGGCGAGCGAUGAGCUCGACGAGGAAGCUCCUGUUGCGAAGAAGGCGCGCAAAUCUCGUAGAGUCGUGGAGGAUGAAGAUGAGGAUGAAUCCAUGGAUGAUGCGCCGGCCGCUACCGCGCCAAGUAGAUCGAAGAAGCAAGUCAAGUCAGAGAAGAAAGCCUCUCCGAAACCGACACGUACUAAGAAGGAAGCGGCCGUGAAAGUAGAAGAGAUUAAACAGGAGGAAGAGGACGAAAAAGAUUCUGCAGCAUCUGCUUCUGAUGCUGAUGCUGAACGAGAGGCUGAAGAAGAGGAUGAGGACGAAAAGCCGGAGAUUAUUGAAAAGGCUCGAAAGACUGUCCAGACGACUCUAAAGUCCAAGACUAAGGAUCCAUAUCCUGACUGGAAAUCAGGCGAGCCUGUGCCAUACGCCGCGCUGUGUAAGACUUUUUCGCUCAUCGAACUGACCACCAAGCGAUUGGAGAUUAUGGCUCACUGCUCUCUGUUCCUGCGUCAAGUCAUGAGACUCACGCCGGACGACCUUCUUCCGACCGUUCUCCUCAUGAUCAACAAACUCGCGCCAGACUAUUCCGGCAUUGAGCUGGGUAUUGGCGAGUCUCUGAUUAUGAAGGCAAUUGGCGAGUCAACUGGACGCAGUCUUGCUGUGAUCAAACAAGACCAGAAGGAGAUAGGAGAUCUUGGUCUUGUUGCGGUCAAGUCAAGAUCUACACAGCCUACCAUGUUCAAGCCCAAGCCUCUAACGGUCCGCGGCGUGCACAAGGGGCUGAUGGGCAUCGCUACUGUCACAGGCAAUGGUGCCCAAGGGAGAAAAGUUGAUGGUAUUAAGAAGCUUCUCUCGGCGGCCGAUUCUGCAUCAACUGGCAAAGUAGACAUUACAAAGGACAAGGGUGGCCCCAGCGAAGCCAAAUACAUCGUACGUUUCUUGGAAGGGAAGCUUAGACUUGGCCUUGCAGAGAGGACAGUCUUAGUCUCACUUGCCCAGGCAGUCAUCUCUCAUGAGGCUGAGCAGAAGGGCAACGUUCCAAGCACUGCGGAAAUCGAGAAGGCCGAGUCCAUCUUGAAGACUGUCUACAGCGAGUUGCCAAGUUACGAUGUCAUCAUCCCGGCCAUGAUUGAGCACGGUAUCAUGAAACUCAGGGAGAAUUGCAAGCUACAACCUGGUGUGCCUCUGAAACCUAUGUUGGCGAAACCGACUAAGGCCAUUACUGAAGUGCUUGAUCGAUUCGAGGACCAGACUUUCACCUGUGAAUAUAAGUAUGAUGGCGAGAGAGCGCAAAUUCACUAUGUGGCGAAAGAUGCGGAUCAGGAGCUCAGUCAAUCAGCACCUGGUGCUACGAAAGAAGCUGGAAAUGGUGUUGCGUCUAUCUUCUCGAGAAACUCGGAAGAUCUUUCCAAAAAAUACCCGGAUAUCCUGGCGAAGCUUCAUACAUGGGUCAAGCCAGAUACCAAAAGCUUUGUUCUAGACUGUGAGACUGUUGCCUGGGAUAUGGAGGAGAAGAAGGUCCUGCCCUUCCAGCAACUCAUGACCAGAAAGAAGAAGGAUGUAAAGAUCGAAGAUGUCAAGGUCAAGGUUUGUGUCUUUGCCUUCGACAUGCUAUAUCUGAACGGCGAAGCUAUCGUGGAAAAGCCCCUCAGGGAACGCCGCGAGCUUCUAACAAAGUCCUUUGAACCUGUUGAAGGAGAGUUCGCAUUUGCAACACAUAUGGACGGCCAGGAGAUUGACGAGAUUCAAACGUUCCUCGACGAGAGUGUCAAGGCAUCAUGUGAGGGCCUGAUGGUCAAGAUGUUGGACGGUGCAGAGAGUGGAUAUGAGCCCAGUAAACGAAGCCGAAAUUGGCUCAAGAUCAAGAAAGAUUACCUUGCUGGGGUCGGCGACUCACUGGAUCUUGUCGUUCUCGGUGCUUAUUACGGCAAGGGCAAGCGUACAUCCGUAUACGGCGCUUUCCUUCUUGCUUGCUACAACCCUUCAACCGAUCAGUACGAAACGGUUUGCAACAUCGGCACCGGGUUUUCUGAGGCUGUACUAGAGGAACUGCAUGCUCAGUUGAGCGAGAUCGUCAUCGAUCGGCCGAAGCCUUUCUAUUCUCACAGCUCUGGUGGGCAGCAUCAGCCGGAUGUGUGGCUAGAGCCGCGUUACGUCUGGGAGGUCCGCACAGCCGAUCUAACGCUAAGUCCGCGUUACAAGGCUGGUGCGCACGAGGGUGUGGACAAAGACGGGAAAGGCAUAAGUCUUCGUUUCCCACGGUUUAUUAAGGUACGAGACGAUAAGAAGCCGGAUGAGGCAACCUCUAGUCGACAGGUGGCGGAGAUGUAUCGCAAACAGGAGGCCGUGACGAAGAGUAAGGGGCCGGCUGUCGAUGAUGAUUUCGAAUAUUAG